GAGGAGCAGUGGCUCUGCUUCCCAAAUGUCUCUGUGCUGUCAGUCUGGUAUUGUGAGUGAUCCAACACAAAAACCUAUUCCUGGUAUCUUCCUGUGACCCACACAAUAAACAAAGAUCAUAUGCACACAGCACACUCCCUCCCUAGCCCUGACCCUACUCUAGCCCUGACCCUACUCUAGCCCUGAUCCUACUCCAGCCCUGACCCUACUCUAGCCCUGACCCUACUCUAGCCCUGACCCUACUCUAGCCCUGACCCUACUCUAGCCCUGACCCUACUCUAGCCCUGACCCUACUCUAGCCCUGAUCCUACUCUAGCCCUGACCCUACUCUAGCCCUGAUCCUACUCCAGCCCUGACCCUACUCUAGCCCUGACCCUACUCUAGCCCUGACCCUACUCUAGCCCUGACCCUACUCUAGCCCUGAUCCUACUCCAGCCCUGACCCUACUCUAGCCCUGACCCUACUCUAGCCCUGAUCCUACUCCAGCCCUGACCCUACUCUAGCCCUGACCCUACUCUAGCCCUGACCCUACUCUAGCCCUGACCCUACUCUAGCCCUGACCCUACUCUAGCCCUGACCCUACUCUAGCCCUGACCCUACUCUAGCCCUGACCCUACUCUAGCCCUGACCCUACUCUAGCCCUGACCCUACUCUAGCCCUGACCCUACUCUAGCCCUGACCCUACUCUAGCCCUGACACUACUCUAGCCCUGACCCUACUCUAGCCCUGACCCUACUCUAGCCCUGACCCUACUCUAGCCCUGACCCUACUCUAGCCCUGACACUACUCUAGCCCUGACCCUACUCUAGCCCUGACCCUACUCUAGCCCUGACCCUACUCUAGCCCUGACCCUACUCUAGCCCUGACCCUACUCUAGCCCUGACCCUACUCUAGCCCUGACCCUACUCUAGCCCUGACCCUACUCUAGCCCUGACACUACUCUAGCCCUGACCCUACUCUAGCCCUGACCCUACUCUAGCCCUGACCCUACUCUAGCCCUGACCCUACUCUAGCCCUGACCCUACUCUAGCCCUGACCCUACUCUAGCCCUGACCCUACUCUAGCCCUGACCCUACUCUAGCCCUGACUAUGGCCGUAGUGAUACACACAGCCAGCUUUCUCCACCCCUAUCCCUGUCCUCAAUCACUGAACAGACUGCACCCUGUGAGUCAGUCAGCCACCAACACUCAGACACACACACAUGCACGCAUACACAAACACACACACACACACACACACACACACACUCCAUCAUCACGCCAACCACAGGCAGGCCUUCCAGGCAGCCAAAUAGGAAGUGAUGUGGGUGAGCAGAGCGAAAGAUAGCAACAGACACAGUAGAAGAAGACACAGUAGGGACAACAAUAACAACAGCAACCUCACAGCAGCCUAUCAAAAUACUUUGCAACAUGGCCAAUGCCCUGGCCAAUGCGAUGUGUGAGCGCUGUAAGAGCGGCUUUGCCCCGGCGGAGAAGAUCGUCAACAGUAACGGGGAGCUGUACCAUGAGGGGUGCUUCGUCUGUGCUCAGUGCUUCCAACAGUUCCCUGAAGGUCUCUUCUAUGAGUUUGAGGGCAGGAAGUACUGCGAGCACGACUUCCAGAUGCUGUUUGCUCCCUGCUGCCACCAGUGUGGGGAGUUUAUCAUUGGUCGUGUGAUCAAGGCGAUGAACAACAGUUGGCACCCUGACUGUUUCUGCUGUGACCUCUGCCAGGCCGUGCUGGCUGACGUGGGCUUCGUCAAGAACGCCGGCAGACACCUGUGUCGCCCGUGUCAUAACCGUGAGAAGGCCCGUGGUCUGGGGAAGUACAUCUGUCAGAAGUGUCACGCCAUCAUUGAGGAGCAGCCGCUGCUGUUCAAGAACGACCCCUACCACCCCGAUCACUUCAACUGCAACAACUGCGGUAAGGAGCUGACGGCUGAUGCCAGGGAGCUGAAGGGAGAGCUGUACUGCCUGCCCUGCCAUGACAAGAUGGGUGUUCCCAUCUGUGGCGCCUGCAGGAGACCCAUCGAGGGCCGUGUGGUCAAUGCCAUGGGCAAGCAGUGGCACGUUGAGCAUUUUGUGUGUGCUAAGUGUGAGAAACCCUUCCUGGGCCAUCGCCACUACGAACGCAAAGGACUGGCCUACUGUGAGACUCACUACAACCAGCUCUUUGGAGAUGUCUGCUAUCACUGCAACCGUGUCAUUGAGGGUGAUGUGGUGUCAGCCCUGAACAAGGCAUGGUGUGUCAACUGCUUCGCCUGCUCCACCUGCAACACCAAGCUCACCCUAAAGGAUAAGUUUGUAGAGGUGGAUCUGAAGCCUGUGUGUAAACACUGCUACGAGCACCUGCCAGAUGACAUGAAGCGUCGUCUUGCCAAACAAGAAAAAGAAAAGAAGAAGAAAAUGCCCAUGUGUCUGUAAACCUCUGUCCUUCCUUUCUCCUCACUUCCACUUUCCAUUCAUUGGAACAAGUUUGUGGAGUUUGACAUGAAGCCGGUGUGUAAGAAGUGUUACGAGAAGUUUCCUCUGGAACUUAAGAAGAGGCUGAAGAAG